AUGACUGGUGAUGACAUUGUUGGUCAGCUCCAACAAUGGUGUAUCGACCAGGCGGCCAAGUCCGCGUCCGACCUCAAGAGGUUACAAGGCCAGAUGGAAGGGAAAAUCAAAGACCUGGAGGGUAGAAUGAACAACCUGUCCAUAAAUAUAGCGACACAGGUUGCAUCUGAUGUAAACCUAAGGCUCGAGAACUGCAUGCAACAAACAAAAAUGGACUUACAAGAUUUCAAGUCCGAAAUUUAUCAAGAGAUCAAGACUGCUGUGAACGAAGCAAUAAAAAAGGCCCUUCUAAGAGCAGCGAACCCAACGGGGAUCACAGUGGAUGACGAGCAGCCCUCCACGCCGCUGCCGUGUGAGAGCACACCCAUGCCGACCAACUCGACGCCACUGCCAGAGUGUUCCCUGGUAGAAGAACAACAAGCCGAGCCUCCAAGAGAAACAAGGUUUGUACAGUCAAUUGACGACAUACCAACGGAAUGGCACGCGACAUUGUUACCCUUCCUGCCAAAGGAAAUGCCGAUAAGCGAAAGACUGAACCGUGUGCAGGUGGCAUUCUUGAACUUUCUGAUCAACAAGAAAGACCUUAAAGUGGCAUCUAUCCCCAACACUAACCCCAGUCUUACACCCAAUCCUACACCUCAUGCUAUCCCCAACACUACCCCCAGUCUUACACCCAAUCCUACACCUCACGCUAUACCCCACACUAACCCCAGUCUUAUACCCAAUGCUACACCUCACGCUAUCCCCCACACUAACCCCAGUCUUAUACCCAAUGCUACACCUCACGCUAUCCCCAACACUAUCCCCAGUCUUAUACCCAAUGCUAUACCUCACGCCAUCCCUAACACUAACCCCAGUGUUAUACCCAAUCCUACACUUCACGCUAUCCCCAAACACUAA